CAAUUUCACUUUGUCACUCACACACAUCACUUGCGGGACGCACACUCAAACACAUUCCUCCGUCGGCGAAGCCGCGCCCACCAACCCCUAUCCCGAUCACCGCCAUAUCUGACUUAUCGCCUCUCUUUCUCUCUCUGUCUCAAUCUCUCUCCCGCUGCACGAACACAAAUAGGACACCUUCCAUAUCUUUCUCUGCGUCACAGCUGACCGGCUGUCCGACGCCGUUGUUGUUGAUUUCCGAUGCUAUAUAGGCAGUAAUGGGGAAAAAGGUGAAGAAGAAGGCAAGGAGUGGUCUGAAAGAGAAACGGGAUCCCUCGAUCUCUCAAACGUCAGUUCCAGUUCCUCAUGAUGUCACAAGCAAUGCUGAAACACCUGUCAAUGGAGUUGUGGUUAUCAAAGAUAGGGGAGUGUGUUCCCAUGUUGAUAAAGGUAUCAACUUAGACAAACUUUCUGCCAAGCUGAGGUCUUCUGGAUCUGCAAACUGUGAAGAUUGUAGGGGAAAUGUGGCUGAUAGACGAGCAAAGAAAGGGCAAGGUAAACAUGGGAAAAAAGGAGGGGCGAAUUCAAAAUCUGAGACAAGAGCAGUUUGGGUUUGUUUGGAAUGUGGGCAUUAUGCCUGUGGAGGCGUUGGAUUGCCAACCACACCUCAGAGUCACAUUGUCAGGCACUCAAAACAGAACCAUCAUCCGUUGGUGGUCCAUUAUGAGAAUCAUCAGUUGCUUUGGUGUUUCCCGUGUGAUAAACUUGUUCUUAAUGGAAAUUCAGAAGACCAUAAGCAUAAAGAGGUCUUAAACGAGGUUGUCCAAUUGCUUAAAGGGCAACCUGGUGAAGGAUCGACCGUAGAUGUUGAGGACGUCUGGUUCGGCAGCGCUAGUGUUACAAGUGCGGUGAAAUCAGAUUAUUCUCUAAGCACUAAUGGUAAGGCUGACUAUUCGAUUAGGGGCUUGUGUAAUUUGGGAAAUACAUGUUUCUUCAACUCGGUCAUGCAGAAUCUAUUAGCUAUAAAUACCUUGCGUGAUUAUUUCUUUAAACUAGACGAAUCUGUAGGUCCUCUAAGUGCUGCUAUGAGAAAGCUUUUCCUUGAGAUCAGCAAUGAAGGUGGAUCGAAAGGGGUAAUUAAUCCCAGAUCCUUACUUGGUAGUCUCUGUACCAAGUCUCCACAGUUCAGGGGAUAUCAGCAGCAUGAUAGUCACGAGUUGCUUAGAUGUUUGCUCGAUGGAAUGUCAGUAGAAGAGUUGAGUUUCAGAAAGCACAGCAAAUCUUGUGAGGUUUCGGUUAAGGAUCCGACGGUUGUGGAUGUUAUCUUUGGCGGACAACUUUCUAGUACAGUUAGUUGUUUAGAAUGUGGGCAUGCAUCAACUAUUUAUGAACCAUUUUUGGAUCUAUCGUUACCAGUUCCUACCAAGAAACCUCCUCCCAAAAGGAAUCAACCUCCUCUUCGAGGCAAGAAGCCAAAACUGCCUCCAAAGAGAAGCACUCGGAAUAUAUCUAGAAUUAGCAAAGAAUCGAAUAGUCUACCAAGAAAAAGUCUUCUUGACCAAUCAACCAGUGGAAACUCUUCAAGUGAAGUGCAUUCUAUAGCUCAGCCAGCUGAGCCAUUGGCACUUGCUUUGGUUGAUUCGGCAGUUUCAGAUCCCACUGGUUCCAACAAUGUAGCUCUUGAUAUGGGUUUAUCAACUGAGGUUCUUUCAGCUAUCCAAACUCCCAACAACCACCCUGCGGAUCAAGCAGUUGUAGAGCAGGCAAUCUCUUCUGAUGUAUUUUCAUGGUUGGAUUACCUUGACCCUUGUCCAGCAUCAGAAGAGGUCGAUACUGUCUCAGAAAUUAAUGAUACUUCAGCAGUCGAUCAUUCUGCAAAAGAAGAUGUUCAACCGCAAGAUGCCUCAUCAUCUGUCACAUCAGAUUCGAGGACUGAGAAUAAUUUGGAAAAUUUAGCUCCUGAAAUCCCCUUAGACAAUGCCAAAAACUGUGAUGCCCCUGAGCCUGGUGUGGUCAACCAAGAAUGGAAUGCUUCUCUCCAGUUUGAGAAUGAACAACGUAUUAAACCCGAUUCUGAUGAAAGAAUAUUGGCAGAAGGUUCACUUACUGAGGACCGUGUUGAGUGUGAUGGAGGGAAAGAUCAGAGCACUCCUUCAUGCAGCCAAAUAUGUGCGGACGAUUCAAAUACUUCACAGAGGGACAAUGGUGACUCUUCAAAGAAUCUGGAUCCCAAAGUUAUGUCAUGUCAGAAUCGAGAAGCUGUUACAUCUAGUGUUAAGGUGAGCAGAACAGACACUGAGGUUUCGUCAGCCAUAGCUGGCAAAGAACAAGAAUCUUUAGAUUUUGAUGGAUUUGGAGAUAUGUUCAAUGAACCCGAGGAGUCCUCUGGUGCUAAGACCUCGGGGAAUCAUGGUUCUGUGGCUAAUAAUGGGGUAAACGGAAGUAACAGUGAUUCUGAUGCAGGUGAGGUUGAUAAUGCUGAUGCUCAAGUGACUGUUGAGAGUUGUUUGGCUUUCUUCACGAAGCCAGAAUUUCUUUCCAAGGAUGAGCAUGCUUGGCAAUGUGAUAAUUGUUCAAGAAUCUUGCGAGAACAAAGAGCAAAAACAAAGAAACUUCAGAAGCCUAUAUCUGACGCUGUGCCAAAUGGUUGUGAGGAUAGACAUCCAAGCGGUGAUGGAAAAACUUGUGAUACAGAGAAAAGUAUGAAUGGUAACACAGAAGUUGAUCCUUCUGAUGGCGAGUUGCUGCCCCAUGAUAAGGAGAUUUUGGAGAAUGGGAAAUGCAUGCUUGGAAACCACGUGGUAAUUGAGAUAAACGGAACUGAGAUCCAGUCAGAGAAUGCGGAGCUUCAGGCUACAAACGCAUGUCCUGGUUCGUCAGAAUGUUCAAAUUUAAGUAAUCAGAGUCUUGAUCCACAUCAAGGAGAAUGUGAUUCUGAAAAAGAUGGGUCUGCUGGAAGUGAUUUGCAAUCUGUGAAGCGUGAAGCAGAAGUCAGUGAGGACGAGGAUGAUGACUCAGAGAAAUUGAAAGCGAACAGGGAUGCAACUAAGAGUAUACUCAUCAGCAAGGCUCCAGCUAUUCUAACAAUCCACCUUAAGAGGUUUAGUCAAGAUGCCAGAGGCCGCUUGAGUAAAUUAAACGGCCAUGUGAGUUUCUGGGAGACAAUUACUCUCAAGCCAUAUUUGGAUCCCAGGUGCAGCGAUGACAGCUGCACGCCCUCAUACCGUCUGGUUGGGGUCGUGGAGCAUCUAGGGACGAUGAGGGGUGGCCACUAUGUCGCGUAUGUUAGAAGUAAGGGUGCCUGGUAUCACGCAAGUGAUGCUUAUGUGCGCCAGGUCUCUCUCGACGAAGUCCUGCGCUGUGAAGCUUAUAUUUUGUUCUAUGAAAGAACAUGAAGAGGAGAGAUUACACAUUUGUUCAUUUAUUUGUUUUUCUUCUCACAAUUUAGAUACACACAGAUGAGAGAGAAAGGGAGAGUUGGAGAGUAUAAACGACUAAAUUUUGGGUAUGCAAUUAUGCAUUGGUCUUAAAAAUGUGAGUUUUCAUUCACAUAUGAUCAGGUGUUGCAAGUGCAACCAUGUAAACCUUUUAUUUUUUCUUUUCUAAAAGGUUUUAAUUACACUAAA